ACGUUCAGCCUCUGAGUUAAUACACAUACAUAUUUACCUAAAACCUUGUUUACAUGGUUGACCCAACCAACGAUCUACUGAUAUUUUUUAGUCUGAGAUUUAAGCCAUGAGCUAUUGUAAAUAGUCUCUCCCAACGUGAUUUAUUUGACUGUAUUAUUCGAUUUAUUUCACAAUAUAAUUAUCUCUAUAUUUUCUUAACAUUUCAAUAUUUUUUUGCUUAUAUUUAGUAAAAUUAUUUCUAAACCACGCUUAAAUUUUAUAAACAAUAUUUUAUAUACACCGAAUAAUACAAUGAAAUAAUGUGAAAGUCAAAUUUAAAAAUUUUAAUUAGUGCAUAUAUAGGUAAAAUAAAUUUUUUUGUUUAUUUUAUAAAAUAAUAUAUUCUAAAAUAAAUAAAAAAUCCAGAAAAGAACCUUUUUGUAAAUUAAUAAAAUAUCAUAGUCCCAACAUUAUUAAUUUACAGAAACUUUACUAUAGUAUCUACGAAGUAUUUAAACUAAUAAUUAAAAUUUUAAAAACAUUUAUUUAGUCGAGAUCCUUUAUCACAAAUUUGAUGAUCCUAGGAUAAACUUUCUCCAAAUAGUAUUUAUAAAGUCAUAUAAAUAAGAGGACAUUUCAAGAAGUACCAAGAGAAAUAAAAAAUGGGAAGGAAGAAAAUUGAAUUGAAGACAAUAGAAUGCCCAAAGGAGAAAAGUAGCAAAUACUCAAAACGUAAAAAGGGACUUUUAAAAAAAGCUGAGGAAAUGGCGGUAUUGUUCGAUAGUGAUAUAAUUCUCCUCGUCUUUUCUCCCACCUCCAAGCCAAACCUUUUCUAUCCUCAUUCUAGACCUCUUAGUGGAAUCUUGGAGAAGCUUUCCAAUAUGUCAGAAUAUGAACGGGAAGAGAGGAGAGCCUACACAAAAAAGACGUUGAUGAAGCUUUUGAAGAAAAAAAAUGUAGAAAUUCCCAAUGAAAAUCAUAAUCAUUCUUCUGGAAGAGAUGAAGUCCAGCUUCAAGAAGAUGAUAAGGUAAUUGAACUGGCAGAAGCUAGAGAAUUGCUUGAUGAGAAUACAUCAAUUCUGAGGAACUGGCAAGACCCGCAUAGAGUUGAUGAUUUGGCCCGACUCACAAUAAUGGAAGACCAUCUAGUUUCUAUUCUUAGCCUCAUCAAAAAGGUUCAAAAUGAACAAGGGUAGCAAAACUCAGAUGUGAUUUCAAAAUGAAAACAUUAUUGUUUACUUAGCCCAUUAAAGAUCAGAAGAAUAUACUAUAUAUAUAUAUAUACUAUUAUGUUAAUUA